UGCACUCCAAAUUGCAUGACCAGUUUUACAAUAAAUGAUUGCUCCAUGCCGUGAGCGGCUUUGUUCAGUUUGAGUUGCUGCAUCGAUACGCGCUACAAUACUACAGCCUCCGAUUUGUAAUUCUUCUUCUGGACGAGUCCAAGUCUCGGCAAAACAAAUGAUAUCCGCUGAAUAAAUAAGGUGGUCUAAUGCGAUCGAUAUGCUUUCAUAAGCUUGUUUUGAUAGUACAAUAGAAGAGUGCUAUCUGGGCGCUCAAUUGCAAAUUUGUAGUGAGUCUCUAAUUUUUUUAAAUGUCGAAGUAUAUUCAGCUGUGCUUGGACUACUUUGUUGCCUCUAACAGGUCUAGGUGGAAUAAAAUUACCUACAAUAAAUAAUUAUGCGGCUCAUUCCCUUCCUAGUAUGAAUAGCAACCAAUCUGUAAGUUUCUCCUUGGAUUUUGUGUAUUGUUAUUGCCUCUGCAGGUAUUAUAGGGAACUGUCUUCUUUCUAUCGAGACUUGUUCGUUUCUUCUACAUUGGAAGGUGCACACUACUUUUUCAAUUGGUGUCCAGCUCGAUUCGUGGGAGUGAAGUUUUUGGAACGUGCUAUUACUCCAGCUCCUGGCUCGGAAAAGUGCAUCCAAAGAAUUACUGAUGUCCAUUCGGAGCCUCGAUGGUCAGUUUGCAUUAGUCGGCCCGUAGCUCCAUUUACCAAACCAUCUGCAGUAUGCAUGUUGACCGCAAUCAUGUAUUUUGCAGAGGUUUUCAGUUGUAAACUGUAGCGCACAUUCCUUGUGUCUGCGAUAUUUUAAAAUUCUUAAUGGCAUUCAAUAUAACCGUUUUACUUCGCUCCGAAACAGAGUUCGCCUUCACACCGUCUUUCGCUGUAGAGACAAACUCUUCUGUGGCGAUUUCAGCCAAUCUUGCAGUAUAAUAUACAGCCCGAUUCUGAUUCUUCCCCGGGGAUUUUCUAUUUUUUUUCUUUCCUCCUAUCAUGAAAAAAAAUUUCCCAGAGGAUUUUUUUCUUCUCCCUUUCCUCCUAUUCUAAACGAACUUCGAAAAAGGGAAAAUGUAUUUCGGGAAAAAGUAGCUAUCACGAAUGCAAAUCAAAGGAAGAAUGUGAUGACAGUUUUAAAUAAAUUUUCCGCCAGAAAAGUGUGAGGGAGCAGUACCCAAGAAUGUCAAAAACUACAAACAGGAAUCAAUUAGAGAUACUCAUAAACCUUAUGCAAGGUAAUCCUGGCAUUGCGCGUGGGUUUUAUACGGGCAGCAAGGAUGACUUAAACAGAUUUUGGCGCAAAGCUGAAGCUGAACUGAAUUCGGCUGGCCCACCAUCUAAAAAUGUUGCAGAGUGGAAAAAGGUUUGGGCAGAUCAGAAAAAAUACGUCCGGCAGAAUGCAGCCAACAACAACAGGCAAAGAAAAGGCACAGGUGGUGGUCCUAAUAUUGGGUACAAAUUCUCUGCCACCGAGAGUGCGAUAUUUGAAUUGAUUGGAAUGAAAGAAUCGUUGAUAGGUGUAGCAAAGCUCUUUGGAUUGGACGUGGUUGAGACAGACGAAACAGAAGAACCACUACCUCAACGAGAAGAAACACUAUCUCAACGAGAAGAAACACUACCGCAACGACAGGAAACAAUAACUACACGAAAUGAAGCAUUUGAAGAAAUAGAGGAGGAAAUUGAAAUAUGUGGUAUUGGCGAAAACGAGCAUAGUUCAGUGAAAUUUUGUAAGCCUACACCUGUGCGAAAGGAGGUGCCAAAGCAAAAAGGCCAUGCUUCUGGUGUGUUAGCCGAAGAGCUUAAUAUUCAGCGCGAAAUGUGUAAUAUAUUAAAGAACGGUAUGAUUGAGCAAGAGCGAAGCAUGAAGAAGCUAUAUCGGACGCUUGACAGCUUGUAUGUUGUCCAAAAACAACAUUUUAAAACGAUGGAACAAAUAAAAUCUUCUGAGCUAGAAGAAAUUAAACGCCAUAAUGUAACUAUGGAAAAGCUUAGACUCAGGGAAAUCGAGGCAAAACUAGAGGAAAAGCUAUUGCUGUGGGAGACAGAGGAAUUAAAGGUCUUUAGCGUCCUAUUUUCAUAUUAUGCUGCCGGAGGGAGGAUCUGAAAUACUUUAGCAAAAUGUAUGGAGAAAAUAAGGCAUCUAAUGUAUAUGUAUGUACGUAUUGAGGUAUACCCCGACCGUCCGUUAUCACGCCGCCCCGAACCACCAAGGAAAAAAAUCCUCCUUUUGUUCCUGCUGCAAAAAAAAAUUAAAAAGGAAAAAAGAUUAAUAUUCAAAAUACCAAACCAAACUUUAUACCACAAAUACAAAAUGCGACCCUGCCUAAUGUACACUAUAUUUGAAUGCUACUAAACAAAAUAGAGAGGCAUCAACCAAGCUACACACUUCACAAAAUAUCAGAAUUCUCUCACCUGAAUUUCGUGUAAUCUCACCAAACUUUCACAAAAAUCCCACCUCCUUGCUAUGCUUAUCACCACAGUUUAUCUCGCAAAAAAGCCGACCUACCUAAUGUCCCAAAUAAAUGGAUUUACCGUGCGCAAUAACAAUACGCCGGGCAAAACUAAGGCAGUCUGCACACGAGGCGUAUGGCGUUGUAAAAAUGACGGACGAAACGAUAAAAUUCGUGCAAUUAAUAGAAAAAUAUCCCCUCAUUUAUAAUAUCACGCUGAAGGAAUGCUCUCGAAAGGAUUUAACGGAAAAAGCUUGGUCAGAGAUUGCUGAAGUGAUGAAAUGGUCAGGUAUGUACAUAUGCAUAGAAAAGUGGUUGAAAUAUACAAUAUUUAUCGGCGCUUACAUUUAAGCACUGAAACAAAAGAAAAAUAUGUUUACCAUUUGAACUUCUAAUUUGAUCCACAAACCACGACGAGACUAUAAACAAUUUUAUUUUAAUUUAUUUUUAGGGGCAGAAUGUAAGGAGAAAUGGAAGAAUAUACGGAAUGGAUUUGUCCGAAGUUUAAAACCGUCUCCCA